AUGGCCGGCUCCCGCGAGAGAUUGCUCUACGAAAGGAGGCCUGAUUGUGAAUAUGAUCAUGAAUUCCGACGACGAUACGAGCAGUACGACAGCGAAACCAAUCGAUACAGACAAGAGAGACGUCAGGAUCUGCACGAUCGACCGAGACGCAAGAAUGGAUAUGUCUAUGAAGAUAUAUACUCUGAUUUUGAUGAAGCACAAGGGAGGCUCUCGCUUUUCAGGCCCAUUCGACCAGAAUACUUAAAUCUUCCAACCAAUUACGAUGUCAAAUAUAAUUCUUUACCAAGGAACUAUUACAACUAUGACGAAAGAAAUACUCGAAGGUAUAAAAAGGAUCAUUACGACUUUCGAAUUGAUCACCAGAGGAGGACACAAGAAACGUACGAUCAUUAUAGAAAGCACGUUAGUGCUAGACCAAGAGAAAUUAAUCCUGCAAAAAAAUUAUCAAAUACUACAAAGGUUUCUUUAGAUCCUACUCAAAAUCCUAUGAGCCUUACCAAAAUUCAUUUAAACCCUUCAAAAACCAUAACUACUAACCCUUCAAAAAAUUCUUUAAAUUUACCUAAAAAUUCUUUAAAUUUACCAAAAAAUUCAUUAAAUUUACCAAAAAAUCCGAAUGGAACGCCCAAAAAUGUCGCUGUGUGUAAACCGCAUCGAAUAUCUGACAGAAGCGCACGUUAUUGGACAUCUGAUCCUCCUGAACGAAGCCGAUCACGUCCGAAAAAAGCCGAAGAACCAAAAAAGAACGUAAAAUUUUCUGAAGUGUCUGGAUGUAACCGAAAAAUGGUAGUUAACGAUCCAAUUUUUGGCAGAAAAAUAGUUCCUGUUCGUGAAUUAGAAGUUUCACUGGACCAAAUGAUUCAAAAUGGUUAUUUUGAGAGACACAAUAUUCCUAUAUCAAGGCCUAUAGAUGAAGUGGCUAAGGAAGAGAUAAAAAGUGUGCAAACAGACAGUGCUGUGCCAAACGGGAAAUGCUUAUCGGGAAACGGGAAGGAAAACCAACCUCAAAGACAAACAAGACAUCUACCUCAGGUGAGUUAG